AUGUCGAGUGCGAAGAUGUUAGCGCAAGAUCCCUUUGAAGAAAUUGAUCUUGGAGAUGGGAGCACAAAAAGAAUCACCUACAUCAGCACUAAACUGAACCCCAAGUUGAAAGUAAGAGUAAUUGAACUGCUAAGAGAAAACAAAUACUGCUUUGCUUGGGACUACGACGAGAUGCCUGGUUUGAAGAGGGAACUGGUCGAAUUGAAGCUGCCUAUCAAGGAUGCAACACCUAAAGAUGAGUAUCCAAUGCCUAUGGCAGAGAUGCUGGUUGACUCAGCUGCAGGCUAUGAAUAUCUUAGCAUGCUUGAUGGAUAUUCUGGCUAUAACCAGAUUUUCAUUGCUGAAGAGGAUGCUGGAGAUUUUCUGGGCUUUGUAGUCCAUAAAAAGGGGAUAGAAAUCAAUCAGAAUAAGACGAAUGCUAUUAUGGAGACCAAAAUACCAUCAACUAAGAAAGAAUUGCAAUCAUUAUUAGGAAAGAUAAACUUCCUGAGAAGAUUCAUCUCAAACUUAAGUGGUCGAACUCAAGCCUUCUCUCCCCUCCUACGCCUGAAACAAGGGAAGUUCGAAUGGAAUGAUGAACAUCAAAAGGCAUUCGACAAGAUCAAGCAGUAUCUGACGAAUCCUCCUAUCUUGUCACCACCAUGUGGAAAGAAGCCUAUGAGAUUGUAUAUAUCAGCUUCUGACACUACUAUAGAAACUAGAUACACUUCAAUAGAAAAGUUGUGUCUUUGUUUGCAUUUCUCUUGUACUAAACUCAAGUAUUAUAUAAAACCUAUUGAUGUAUACGUCUCUUCACACUUUGAUGUCAUUAAGUAUAUGUUAUUGAAGCCAAUAAUGCACAGUCAAAUUGGCAAAUGGGUAUUAGCCCUCACUGAAUACUCUUUAGCCUUUAUGCCUUUAAGGGCAAUGAAGGGACAAAUAGUAUCAGACUUUAUUGUAGACCAUGCAGUGGUCGAAAGUCCUCAACUUCAAGUUGAGUUAAAACCUUGGAGAUUAUUCUUCGACGGUUCCACUCAUAAGGAUGGAAGUGGAGUUGGGAUCAUGAUAAUUUCUCCUGAUGGAAUUCCAACAAAACUCAAAAAUAGAAUCGAAGGUCCCCUUUGUUCUAACAACGAAGCAGAAUAUGAAGCCCUUAUUGCAGGACUUGAGGCUUUGUUGGAAUUUGGGGCAACUAGGGUCGAAAUUAAAGGAGACUCAGAAUUAGUAAUUAAGCAACUAACGAAAGAGUACAUAUGUAUAAAAGAAAAUUUGAUUAUGUACUUUGUCAUUGCAAAUAGGUUGCUCAAAAAAUUUGAAUAUAUAGACAUAAAACAUGUUCCUAGAAUAAAAAACCAAGAAGCUAAUGACUUAGCACAAAUAGCUUCAGGGUAUAGAAUUUCAAAAGAGAAGCUAGAGGAAUUUGUCGAAGUAAGAGGAAAAGCAAUGGCUGCCAGAUUGUCUCCGACAAAUUUGGAAAGCACUAAGUUAGGAUAUGCUAACAAAGAAGAGUUUGAAGUACUGGCCAUUCAUACCUUAAUGGAUACAGAUUGGAGGAAUCCAAUUAUUAAUUAUCUCAAGGACCCUUUAAUAGAUACAGAAAGAAAAACCAAGUACAGGGCUUCAUCUUAUGUUUUGAUGGGGAAUGAAUUAUUCAAGAAAACCCCUGAAGGGAUCCUGUUGAAAUGUUUAGGAGAAAAUGAGGCGUACUUAGCAUUAUCUAGUGUACAUAGUGGAGCCUGUGGAGCACACCAGGCAGAGCAUAAGAUGAAAUGGUUGCUUUUCAGAUAUGGAAUGUAUUGGCCCACCAUGUUAAAAGAUUGUAUAGAGUUUACUAAGGGUUGCCAAGAAUGUCAAGUACAUGCAGGAAUUCAACAUGCUCCUGCAAGGAAGAAGCCAAAAAAUUGGCACAAAACUUUAGAUCAAGCACUUUGGGCUUGUCGAACCUCCCCUAAAGAAGCUACUAACACUACACCUUUCCAACUUACAUUUGGACAUGAUGCAGUAUUACCUGUCGAAAUCUACUUGCAAUCAGUGAGAAUCCAAAGACAAGGAGAAAUUCCAUUUGACCUAUAUUGGGAAGUGAUGAUGAAUGAACCGGUUGAUUUGGACGAAGAAAGUUUGCAUGCAUUAGAAGUAUUAAGAAGACAGAAGGAGAGGGUAGCAAGAGCAUACAAUAAGAGGGUCAAAGGUAAAACUUUCAUUAUGAAUGAUUUAGUUUGGAAAGUUAUAUUACCUAUGGAUCAAAAGAAUAAAACAUUAGGAAAAUGGUCUCCACAUUGGGAAUGA